GUUGUUAUAAACUUGGCAAUGCUCCUGGCCGAGAUGAAGAUACACAAUCAAAGCAUGCCAUCUCUGUCAAUGAUACUUGUGAACAGCUUUCAGCUUCUCUAUGUGGUGGAUGCUCUUUGGAAUGAGGAAGCUGUUUUGACUACAAUGGAUAUUACCCAUGAUGGAUUUGGAUUCAUGCUAGCAUUCGGAGAUCUGGUGUGGGUUCCCUUUGUCUACAGUCUGCAGGCCUUCUACUUAGUUGGUCAUCCUACUGCCAUUUCUUGGCCUGUUGCUGCUGCAAUCACUAUUCUGAACUGUAUUGGCUAUUACAUAUUCCGUAGUGCAAAUUCCCAGAAAAACAGCUUCCGAAGGAAUCCAGCAGAUCCCAAAUUGGCCUAUCUGAAAUCCAUACCCACUGCAACUGGGAAAGGGCUUCUUGUCACGGGCUGGUGGGGUUUUGUUCGUCACCCGAACUAUCUUGGUGAUAUCAUCAUGGCUCUGGCUUGGUCCCUCCCCUGUGGUUUUAAUCACAUCUUACCAUAUUUCUACGUGAUCUAUUUCAUCUGCUUGCUUGUUCAUCGAGAAGCACGUGAUGAACAUCACUGUAAGCAGAAAUACGGCUUGGCAUGGGAAAGGUAUUGUCAGCGUGUCCCGUACCGCAUAUUUCCUUACAUCUACUAG